CUCUCACUCUCUCUCCGUCUCGAUCUCUCUCUCGGCGUCUGGGGAAUCUGAUUGAAGUCCCAUCGGCGGCAAAUUUCCGAAGGUUCAGAUGACUGAUCUGAGCCGGAGUUCAACUUUAGAGGACGAUCCCCUACAUGCUUACUCAGGUCUAUCGCUUUUUCCUCGCACGCUGAAAUGCUUGUCCUAUCCUCUUCCUCCUCCUCUCUAUCAAUCAGUCGAUCUACACCAGACCCAUACUCUCCUUGAAUCUAUGCCUUUUGAAAUCCAAAAAGAGCACCAGGAGCAGGCAAAGGCUAUCUUGGAUGACAACGCAGAACUCUUAAAGCAAGGCAUUGGAACCAGUGUAGCAUCAGAAAAUACGAAUGUAGGUGCCAAGAUGAAGACUAUCCCAAAUAAACGAGAAAGAAGACCGGGAUAUGAGCGUAAGCGAGAACCUUUUACUAUCAAGCCUAGAACCAGUCAACCACCUCAAAAUGAACCAAGCUUUGAUCCUAGUAAAUAUCCAAAACCCGAAGAGUACUUUGCUGCGUAUGAAAGAUUUAAAAUUGCCAAACGAGAAUGGGAUAAGCAGAGUGGCACCCUUGUAACAGAUACACACCAGAACAAGCCAUCAAGGCGCCCUCGCAGACCAGAAAUGCCAGGGAGAAAACGGGGUUCAUACAAGCAUACUUAUACGGAUCGUUUUCUCACCAACCUGAAAGCGUCAGAAAAGGAAAACCCCAUUCCUUCUGAACAAAACUUAGAGAAGACCACAGCUAUACAUGUUACGACAGCGGACAGAGAAGUAGAUGAUUCAACCGUUAACACAGCCAAGGGCUUAAAUAAUGUUUUGACUGAGUUGCUUGCUUGCUCUCCGGAUGAGCUUGAGGGGGAUGCUGGUGUCAAGCUUUUGUUGGAACGUUUGCAUAUCAAGCCCAUUGAUAAACAAAUCCCUUCUCUCCCUGUCUUGCCUGACUUUCCAGAUGUUACAAGAACGCGCUUGAAGGCAGCUGGAAGGUCGAACCCAUCAAACCAGAGGACUGCACUGUCAAGUAUACAGAAUUUGCUAAAAGGGAUUAACGGUGAUGCGAGACGAAAAAAUAGCCUGUCAUCACCAUCAAAUCCACCAGAGGAUCACUUUUCAUUUCCUGACAGACAAUGUUUGCUUCCAGGAGAUGAACAGUCUAGAGAGGUAGAUCUAGCAAAGGAUUUGAAUGUCGGUUUCAGAUCUUCAAUGGCCAACGAUGCUGGUAAAGUUAUAAAUAAUGCAUGCCCAUCUAAUGUGGGCACAGUAUACGUUGGUAGCGAUUUCGGCAGCUCAGUGCAGAAGAGUUCCUGUGAAAGUGGUUCUGAUACUCAUUCUGGCAUCCAUAGAUCUCCUUCAAGUCCAGAUAGGAACGCAGAUAAUUGUGUGGAUGAUAGCAUCACAAACAUAAAUUCAGCCACUCGAGAGGUGAACGUAAAUAUGCAAACAAAAGGAAAUGAGGGAGAUUUGCCCAUGAGUGAAAGUGAAGCAAACAGAAACACUGGCAGAAGAGCAAAUGAUGCUGAUUUCAGUGAAGAAACUGAACAAUUAGACAACCUGGCGGAAUCUGCAUCUAGAGAGGUUGUAAGAAUGGAUCCUUUUACUGUAGAAGAGGAUAGCAUCCCAGAUCAGCAAGGUGAGUCCUCAAAAUCUCCAAACAGAGCUCCAGAACAAUACAACGCAAUGGAUGGAUCCUUUGAACAUGCAGAGCACAUUCAAGGACAACAUGGAGAGGAAAAUAACAACACUGACACUGCUUGUGGACUUCAAGUAGAAAAUGCUCAGCAGGAGGUUCACAACUCUUCACACAAACAAACAAAUAAACGGAGAAACAGAGGAUCUUGUGAAAGCAAUAUGAAAAAGCGAAGCAAAACUGUGCACGACGAGAGUGAGGGAGACAAGAAAAUGAAAACAUCUUCUCAUGAAAGUGGAGGAAAGAAGCAAACCAAAAUAAAAUCGAACAAGGGAGAGGAGAAGAAGCAAACGAAAAAAUUAACACGUGAGAGUAAACUAUUCUCUCGUAGGAAAAGCCUUGCAGGUGCUGGUCUUCAAUGGGAAAAAGAAUCUGGUGUCAGACGAAGUACAAGAAUUAAGUCGAGACCACUUGAAUACUGGAGAGGUGAAAGAUUCUUGUAUGGACGCAUUCAUGAGAGUUUGACUACUGUUAUCGGCAUAAAGACUGCAUCAGCGAAAAAGGGCGAAAAUGAAAAGCGCGUAUAUAAGGUGAAAUCAUUUGUCGCUGAUGAUUACAAAGAGCUGGUUGAUUCAGUCGCCUUGUAUUGAUGAAUCAUAAUGCUAGGAGGAAAGUAAUCAAAGCAAAUUCUGUUUUAAUCGUAAAUCUGUUUAUGCUUAGUUUUAUCUACGACCAUCAGUUUGGUGGUCGAAACCUGUGAUUCUGUCUCUGUCGAACCGCAACUGUGUUGGACUUCCUAAAAACGGAACCGAGAGUUUCAACUUUCAGUUGGUUUCUUCCAUAUGUUUACUAGUCAUGUUGCCCUUUGUAAUAACGGUGAUUAGCCUCAACGUCUUUGGUAUUCUUU